ACAAAGUUUAGCGGCAGGAACUCGGGCGGCAACAGUGCGGAGCCGGCGGCACCGGAGCGCAGCCGCGCUGAGCCCAGGCGCCCCGGUGCCCGGCGGGGGCCGGCGGCGACCGUGCCAUGCGGGGCUCCCCCCCACCGGUGGCGGCGGGGCGGGAGGGCAGCGGCGCCCCAUGCGGCUGGGGCGGCCGGGCGGCGGCUGACACCAUGUGCGCCCGGUGCCCGGGGCGAGGAGCGGGGAGCAGCCAUGUCCCCCCCCGCCCAGCCGGGGGUGCCGGGCGGGCGCGGCUCUAAGGUGCCCCCGGCGCGGAAGCUCCUCUGCAUGUGCAGCCUCUCCCUCUGCCUCACCUACCUGUGCUACAGCCUCAUGGGGGGCACCGGCCCGGGCGCCCUGCGCUCCCCCGCCGUCCUCCCCGGCACGGUGGCGCCGCGCUCCCCCGCCGCGCUCCCCGGCACGGCGGCCCUCGGGGCCCCGCGCUCCCCCGCCAGCCCGCCGGGGAGCCCCGGCGUCCCGGCCCCCUCCGCCGCGCCGACGCGAGCCUCCAACGGCAGCCGGGAAGGGGCGGCGGGCGCCUGGUUGCGGACGCCGCUGGCCCCCGGGGAGGUGAUCACGGUGCAGAGCGGAGCCUUCGAGAGGGACCCGCAGGAGUCGAGCACCACGGACGAGGAGCUGAGCCGGGCCGGCAGCCCGGGGACCCGCGGCGGCGGCAGCACCACGCCGGACUAUGGGGAGAAGCGGCUGCCGCAAGCACUGAUCAUCGGGGUGAAGAAGGGGGGGACGCGGGCGCUGCUGGAGGCCAUCCGGGCGCACCCCGACGUGCGCGCCGUGGGCACGGAGCCCCACUUCUUCGACAGGAACUACGAGAAGGGGCUGGAGUGGUACAGGAAUGUGAUGCCCAAGACACUGGACGGCCAGAUCACAAUGGAGAAGACCCCCAGCUACUUCGUCACCAACGAGGCCCCCAGGCGCAUUCACUCCAUGGCCAAGGACACGAAGCUGAUCGUGGUGGUGAGGAACCCAGUCACCCGGGCCAUCUCGGACUACACACAGACACUCUCCAAGAAGCCAGAGAUCCCCACCUUUGAGGUGCUGGCCUUCAAGAACCGGACCCUGGGGCUGAUCGACGCCUCCUGGAGCGCGAUCCGCAUCGGCAUCUACGCCCUGCACUUGGAGAACUGGCUGCAGUACUUUCCCCUCUCCCAAAUCCUUUUUGUCAGUGGCGAGAGGCUCAUCACUGACCCGGCUGGGGAAAUGGCCAAGGUCCAGGACUUCUUAGGCCUCAAGAGGAUUGUGACAGAGAAACAUUUUUAUUUUAAUAAAACCAAGGGGUUCCCCUGUCUAAAGAAGCCAGAGGACAGCAGUGCUCCCCGGUGCUUGGGCAAAUCUAAGGGUCGAACUCACCCCAAAAUAGACCCAGACGUCAUUCACAGACUGCGGAAGUUUUACAAACCUUUCAAUGUCAUGUUUUACCAAAUGACGGGGCAAGAUUUCCAGUGGGAGCAGGAAGAAAGUGAUAAGUAGAACCAUGAAAUCAGGAAAAAAGCUCUUUUCUUUUGAGAAGUGAAUCAUCAUUAGAGACCCAAAACUCACUCGGGGUUAGAGGCUCAGCCUUGUGAGUGCAAGACUCUUGCACUCUCAGGGUUGCAGCCAGAGCUGUCCCAUGUUUCCACCUCUGAAACCUUAGUGGCACGUCACUGUGGGUUGCACUCGGGCUCUUCCCACCGUGAUGCUGAGGGAUCAGUGGGCAGGUGGGAGGAGGAGGAGGUGGAGGGAGUGGGGCUCCUCGGGGCGAUGGGAUGCUUCAAGUCGACAUGUUGCUGCUGGUGUCCCCCUCACAGCCAGGCAGGCAGGACCAGCAUCUUCUGCUAUGGCUAGCUGAGCAGCAGGGUGCUCACAAAACCCAGCAGCACUGGGACAAACCCAUAGAUUUGAUUUCUCCUGACCUGGCUUUUAGUUUUGCCCAAACAGCAGCAUCAGAUCUGGUAAAUUCAGGACACGUGCAUCCACAGGCACACCGGUAUUUCUGUGUGAAAGGAAUAAAGCCAGUUAUGCUGCAAAGGAACUAUGUACAGAAAUCUCAUUUGCACCAGAUGUUUCAAUUACUUGUUGCACUAAAACUAGUAUUUACCAAGUGCCACAAAACACCUGGGCCCGAUUCUCCUCUGACUAGUGGGUGUAUCUAUCUACACUGUUGGAAGAGAGUGUUCCUCCUUUGCUGGGGUGCUCAGUGGGAUCAGAACUGGGGCCUCCCCAGGACUGCCCCCCUCCUCCUGGAAGCCGUAGCGAAGACCAUUCCCAGGCACCUGCUUGGAGUGAGCCGGGGUCUCAGCACCCAGCCAGGCUGCUGAGGCAUGGUGCAGAGAGACGUGUGCCCAGGCAGCACCUCCUGGCAGCACGGUGCUGUGCCUGGCUCUGUGGUCUGGAGCCAGGCAUUCCUGGUGGGAACUGCAGGACAGAGGCGUGGGGGUCAGCCUCAGCAUAGGGUCUGGGCAGGGCUGACCAGCGGGGCCCCUGGCACUGCCCUUCAUUUGCACCUUGAAAACGAGAUCUCUGCUGCUUGCUGUUGACAGCCGGGUUUGCAAAACAGGAAAGCAGACUUCAUCUUUACUUCAGAAUUACAAAAAUGUAAUUAAUUCCCAGGGUGAGCACUGCUCUACACAAAAAAUGUGUGCUUUCUAGUGGAAAUGACCAAGUCAACCAAAUUUGCAAAUCCUGGUAGAAACUGUAGAACAAGCCCAUAUCACAACUGGAUCCUCCAGCAAUGUGACAAGAGCUGCAUGCUGGGUCCAGUGGAGAGCAGGCCAGCAGCGCAUUGACACAGCUGCACCGUUUCCAUCUCCAUUACUGAGAGAAAAAGAAGAGAGGGAACAAAAGGAAAAAUGCAGAGCUACUGUUGCUGAGAUGUUCCCUUCACGCAGGUGAUUUCUAAGGGCACUCAAAUAUUGCUGGCCACUUACUUUGUUUACUGAGUGGUAAGGAUGCCUCCUGGGUGGAGCGUAGCUGUGCACGAGCCCCCCUUUCUCUUUCGGGCAGCGAGUCCCUGGCUGAUGGAAAGCAUCAGCAAUGCAGCGUGAGAUAGCUGUGGGAGCACCAAGACUCAGUUUUGAUUAAGGUGGCAAGAAAUCCCUGCUGAUCCAGCUAACCAAAUGAAAUCACUGUUAGGUUGGGUAACAAGCUGAAGCUACGCUGGGUUUCAUGGCCUGUCGUGUGGUUCGUUACGCCAUGAAGUGGUGCUGGUGCCUUGGACUGGCUGAAAAAAGAGCUGAAGUGAUUUGGAAAAUUUACACCGUGGGCCAUGCUGGAGGGGCACCGCAAGGUCCCUGCUAAUGUCAUGCUAGUUCCUACUAGCUUGAUUAGGUUUAAAAACAGCUCCUGACAAAACACAGUUUUUCACAGACCCACAAGUUCCCAAAUUACUACAUGAAAGUUGGAAGUAUGUAAUAGGAAUAAUUUUACAGUGUUUCACACAUUAUUAAAAUGUCAGAUCAUCUCCUAAGUGAAAACUGUUGUUAACACAAUUUGGUGCAAGCUGCUUGAUGCAUUCAGUUGGAGGAUGAGAGGCUCAUUGAGGAUCAGUGUCCAGGCUCCUCACCAGAGGGAUAUCCAGAAAUUUCUGCCCGUUCCCAGCAUGCUGCAGCCCAGACACAGCGGCAGGCUGGCCAUGACGGUGUGGAACGGAGGCUGCUAGUGGAGAUGGUGGGACUGACUGCCCUGGCUGCUGCCAGAGGGGCUUGGCUCCAGGGCGAUGGUGUUCCAGCUCAUGGCAUGGCUGGCGCGUGGCAGGUUGGUGGCUGCCCGUGACUGCUGGUGUUAUGGCCAUCGGCGUGGCACUGUGCAUCACCUCUGUGGCCAGGGCUUGGACUCUCUCAGCCCCUAUCCACAGCUUAACUGGGAGCAGCCUUUUUCUCCUAGCAAGGCCUCUUUGAGCUUGAAAGGGCCCCUAGGACCGCCCAUCCCCACCCAACAGGUCUCCCCACACAGCCCAGCUGCGGUCUGCUCUGGUCUGAGCGCUGCCCCAUGUCUCCCUGAGCAGCUUGUGCUGGCUUCUGGGAACAGCCCCUGGUCCCCCACUGCCAUCAAGCCACGGUCACCUCUGUCAUCAUGCCCCUCACUGGAGUGACAGGGGAUCUGAAAACGCGUGUUUGUCUGAGAGUUACAACCCAAUGAAGCACCCUGCUAGGUAAGCCACAGCAUGUGGCCAGGCCAGGCAGGAACAUCCAUCCUGCCCUGGGACAAAGCACGAUCACAUCUGGAGCUCCAUCCCACAGCUGGAACCAGGUGCUGGACUGGGGCUCCGGCCCCCCAGGAGGGGCUACCUGAUGGUUUACAGCAGCAGCAUGGUCCAUGGGAGGUGAUGAUCCUGCCCGUGCCUCACCUGUCUGCCCGUGGCUCUUGUUCCCCUUCUUUCUGCCAUAUAUUUAGAGGUUUAUUUUUUAUAUCGGCUACGAUUUCCAGCUUGAGAGGAACUGUUGAGCACCUGGUGGGAGGGUACACCCUGCUCCUCCACCCCUGUGGACACCAACCACCCCACACACGGGGGACACCCCACCCCCAGAUGCCAGAGUGCCACCGGCCCCUUUGUGGCACUGGUAGGGAGAGGGACCUAUGGGGGGGCAGCAUGGGGGUCUUGGGGCAGGCAUUCGGUUUUCUGUUUUUCUGAAAUGCACCCCGAAUGUGCCAUGCUAACGCAGGGCCUUGACAGGGGAAUUAUUUUCUAUCUGGCCAGAGAGUGGCCUGCCAAAUGAGAGUCAGGUUAAUAACACUUUUUUUUAAAAAAUAUUCAAAUGUCAGCAUUAGAAUACACAGGAAAUUGAAUUUUGUAUUUGAUUUCAAUUAGCAAAGCAUAAAUUAUAUUUAAUUUUAUACACAGACUGGGUGAUUCAUUGUUCUGGAAAAAUUGGUACUUUAUGGUUCAGAGGCUGGAAAUGGAGAGUUUGUCUUUUCUGAAACCAAACUGCUGUGCUGUCAACUCCUCCCAAACGCGUCUCUGUCUGUCGGUGUCACUCUGUACCUGAACAAUAUGAAAAUCCUGAACUGAACACUUGAACCCACAGCACUAAACAAUAAAACGU